AUGAACGAAUUCCUCGUCAAUGAUGCGGGUACUUUGGAAACAACCAACUUUGGCCAACGUGUUAACAACAGUGACAGUUUAAAGGCCGGUCUCCGUGGUCCUACUUUGAUGGAGGACUUUAUGAUGCGUGAAAAGAUUAUGCACUUUGAUCAUGAACGGAUCCCUGAACGUGUUGUUCAUGCUCGUGGCGUGGGUGCCCAUGGUUACUUUGAGUCGUAUGCUAGUUGGUCGAAUGUCACAUCGGCCAAGUUCUUGAGCGAGGCUGGCAAAAAGACCCCAACAUUUGUCCGUUUCUCGACCGUGUUGGGUAACAAGGGCUCGGCCGAUACUGUCCGUGAUGUUCGCGGCUUUUCUACCCGUUUCUAUACCGACGAAGGCCACUUUGACUUGGUUGGCAAUAUCAUUGCACCAUUCUUUGUCCAGGAUGCAAUCAAAUUCCCAGACUUGAUCCAUGCCGGUAAAAUGGAACCUGAUACGGAUACGCCUCAAGCCGGUACUGCUCAUGAGACUGCCUAUGAUUUCUUUGCUGAGUUCCCUGAAACUUUGCAUACCGUUAUGUGGGCGCUUUCACCGCGUGGUAUUCCUCGCAGCUUCAGACAAGUCGAAGGUUUCGGUGUCCAUACGUUCCGCUUGAUUACUGCUGAAGGCAAGGCUAUCUUUUGCAAGUUCCAUUGGAAGCCGAUGGCAGGCUUGUCCAACCUUGUUUGGGACGAGGCUCAAAAGAUUGCUGGCAAGAAUAGUGACUUCCAUCGCGAUGACUUGUACACUGCCAUCAACCGCGGUGAUUACCCGGAGUAUGAGUUGGGCUUCCAAAUGGUGCCUGAAGAAGACGAAUUCAAGUUUGACUUUGACUUGCUGGAUCCUACCAAGAUUAUUCCCGAGGAUAUUGUUCCUGUCACUCGUGUCGGCAAGAUGGUAUUGAAUCGUAACGUCGAUAACUUCUUCUCUGAGACCGAGCAAGUCACUAUGCAUCCUGGCCACAUUGUCAAUGGCAUCGGCUUUACCGACGAUCCUCUCUUGCAAGGCCGCUUGUUCAGUUACCUCGACACUCAAUUGAACCGCAUGAGCAGUGCCAACUUUUUACAACUUCCCAUCAAUCGUCCUCUUGCAGAGGUUCACAACAACCAGCGCGACGGUUUCAUGCAAAUGAACACGUUCAAGGGCAAUGUCGCUUACUUCCCCAACGGAUUGCAAGGCAACUCACCCAACGUUGCCAGCCCAGAACAAGGCGGCUAUGUCGAGUAUCCCGAACAAGUCGAUGGGCGCAAGCAACGCGGCCGUUCGCCAAGCUUCUUUGAUUUCUACUCGCAAGCUCGCUUAUACUAUAACUCACUUACGCCCGCUGAGCAACAACAAACCGUAGACGGUUUCCGCUUUGAAGUUGGCAAGUCAAAGUCCGUUGAUGUCCGUAAGCGAUUUGUCGACCAGCUUAACCAAGUCGACAACAAUUUGGCUCGUCGUGUCGCUGCCGGCGUUGGUGUCGCAUUACCCGACAAGGUCACUGAAAAUGAUGGUCGAAUGGACUCGCACUUGUCCAUCCAGAAGUAUCCCAAACCCGAUAAUAUUCGUACACGCAAGGUCGCUAUCUUGACUGCUCCCGGUACCAAUGCACAAGAAGCCAAAGAAAUGUAUGAUUACCUUUCUUCCGAAGGCGCCUAUCCUGAUUACAUUGGUGUAUACCAAGGUGAACAGGACGGUUUGCAGGUCGAUAACACCUAUCUUACCACGUCGUCUGUGCUCUAUGAUGCCAUUUAUGUCCCUGGUGGUGCUCAAGGCAUCAAGUUCCUCAUGGAAUCGACUAGUUUCUUCCCCAUGGAAGAACCCAAGGUAUUUAUUAUGGACGCUUAUCGCCAUGGUAAGCCUAUCGCUGCAUCCGGCGAAGGCGAGGAUUUCUUCAAGACCGCUAUUGAGGGUAUGCCCUACAACAGCACCGAUGGCGUGGUCUUGGGUUCGGGCAGCAGUCUCGAACAAGGCUUCAGAGAGGCUCUCAUCACCCAGCGCUUCUGGUCGCGUCUUCCCAUGGAUUCGGAUAUCUAA